AUGAAAAUACCUCGACAAGUUGUGUUCGAGGUAGCUAGAGGCUUCAGGGGGCGCAGCAAGGGGUGCAUUAAGCUCGCAUCGACGCGAGCGGCGAGGGCGCUACUCUAUUCCUUCAACGCACGCAGGAAGCGACACACCUACAUCCGCAUACAUUGGACAGCAACCGUCAACCGUGCAGCCAGGGAGUGGAACCUAAACUACUCGAGAUUCGUAGGAGCGCUGGGCAGCCUCAAUUGCUGGCUCAACAGGAAGUCACUCUUCAUCCUCUCACUCAACGAGCCGGUGACCUUCAAGGCGCUGGUAGAUGAGUCGAAGUACGCACUGAACGAACCUAGGCGUAAGCCACGAAACAUCAGUGACCUCUGA